ACCUCGCAGCUGCGUGUGAGCAUCGACACCUGCAAGAAAACGACCAAUUACUGAUGAAGAAACACUGUCGGCUUCUGUUCAACCUGACUGAACGUUUGACAUUCGAACGCACCCUUUUGCGAUACUUCCGACAAAAUGCCAAAGGAUAAAUAAAUAGACUGAGCCUUAUCUAGUUCUCUCUAUUGCCGCAACUAAGCUGCUGCCUCUGCUUCCAUCAGUCUCUUAUGGCUUUUAUCAGUGCUGCCAAUUUAGGAGAAUAGUGCGAUAAUCACAGCCGGUUCAAGUCCGAUAUGGCAGUGAGCACAUCUGAGCCGCUCUGUCAGCCGUGCGUUUACCAUGAAGCUUUUAAAGUGGAGCUACAGGUGAAGAGACCUCUGAUGCCUGUCCAGCUGAGUCCAGAGCAGGUGGGCCUGGAGAUGUUGUGUCUUUGUGGGCAGCUGGACCUCCUCAUCAGGGCGCAGAUGCAGCAGUUCCAGGAGCAGUUAGGACAAGGCUGUAGUCCAGAGGAGUCAGACACUUUCCAGGCUCAAGGAUCAGAGAUUCUUGACCAGAUGCUGCAGUGCCUUGAACAUCUACCAAAGCCUAUGCCACAGCUGGAGGACUACCUGGACAUGGUGGGUCUGUCAGUAAUGUUUCCUCGUGUAGAGGUGUUCCUCAUUCAAGGAAGCCCAGUGGACAUGCUGGAGAGGCCGCUAAUGGACGAAUACUUCUUCCACAUCACCAAACUGAACCAGCUCCUGGUGCUGAGUCAACAGCUAGAGGAAGAUAUCAGGCACCUUGGAAGUCAUAAAUACAUUGCCCACCAGCUCUCGGUUAUUUAUCAAGUCAUCAGCUCUUUCAGAGGAAUUCAGGCUUUCUCUGAAGUGAAGAAAGACAUUGAGGCCAACUUCAAACAGAUGAAACAGUCUCUGGUGGUAGAGGAAGGCUCCAGGCAUGAACCUCAGCUGGCUGCCCACUACAUCAACUGGAUAUUAGAAGUAACUCAAAGCUUAACUUCAGUGGUGUUGAUGCUACCGGAGGAGCUGACAGAAGACCUUCACCCGGCCGUUACCUUCGUGUCACAGUUCCUGUCCUGACUCACCCACCCCAACCAACGCCCCUGUAUCUAUGAAUCGUGACGCUCUGAUGCAUCGGGAGCUUCUAAAUGAACUGAUGUUGUUAUGACUGUGAAAAGGUGCUACACAAUUUGAUUCAACGGAUUAAUGGUGGGAUUGGAUAGCCUACUUUAUUUACAAAUCAUGUAGGUUUUUAUAUUGUCCUCCAUUGUGGCCCAUACUAGUCCCUAUGAUGAGUCAGCUGUUUGGAAAUGAAUGUAAGCUUGUUGAAUCCCGCCUUGCACUACUGUUAACAUUUCUUCCUUCUUUUUUUUUUUUAAAACUAAAGUGGAAUAAUAAAAUUGAAUGCAAUAGGGAAAUGUGUUUGCUUUCUCCCUGUCAUGUGAUCAUAGGUGUAACUUCUAGCAAAGGCUCCUCUUCCCUUACUACUUGUGUGGGUGC